UCCUUAUAAGGCCUCAGGGAGAGGCAGGUGGGGGUCGUUGGAGACGGGUGGUGGUUUUGUUGGCCUGGUACUUGGUUUAGGCUGACUCCCUGUGGAUUCAGGCUGACAACCGAAGUUGCUGCAAAGGAAAUCUCAAGGGGUCAGUACCUACAGUGUCACCAUGUCAGCGUUGAUCAAACGUGGGUCGUACAACCAUGAAUACCAACACAAACAGAGGAAAUAUGUGGUUAAAGAGUACAGCAGUUCUGAGGCGAUGGAGGAAAGCUAUGAGUACAAAACCAAGGUUCAUGUCCAGGAAAUGGUAAAGACAAAGAGGCUGGACAAAUAUGUGCAUGAGGAGCCUAUGAUCAGGGGACCAAAGUUCCUGGUCAGACUCAGAUCUCACACCGUGUUUGAGAACACCCCAAUCCAGCUCUUCUGUACCGUUGAGGGCUACCCCAUGCCCUCUGUAACUUGGUAUAAAGAUGGUACGAUCCUGGGCAUGUCCUCUGGACAGUACCUGGUUAAAGCUAAAGGUGGAAUGCACACUCUUGAGAUCCCAAGAUGCACCACUGAUGACACCGCCCAGUACACUGUUGUGGCUUCUAACUCCCAUGGACAGGCUUCGAGUCAGGCCACCGUCAUUGUCAAGAGGUUCAAGCAGGAAGAGGAGUCCUGUUCAUAUGCAUGGCUGCCUUUCUUACCCGCCAUGCUUCCCCAGAUCCAUUACACUAAAAUCCACAUUACCUUUCUGGAUAAGUUUGGCCCAGUGUUUGCCUCUGAGGGAGGAUCUGCCACGCUGACUGCUACCAUGACCCUGAGUCCCAACCUGGCCAACCUGCAGCCUGAGGCACAGUGGUACAGAGAUGACGAGCGUCUGUUUGAUUCGAAAUGGGUGAAUAUUACCACUGGCAGAGGAGUCAGCACCUUGACUAUUCCACACCUGUACAAAGAUGAUGAAGGCCUCUACACGCUGCGCAUGGUGACUAAGGGAGGCAGCGCAGAGCACAGUGCAUUUGUCUCUGUCGCAGAUGGUCCUCCCCCAGUCCCUAAUGCACCUGGUGCUCCUAUGGACAUCAAGAUCCACGAUGCCAAUAGAGACUAUGUCAUCGUGUCAUGGAAACCCCCAAAUACCACCACAGAGGGACCAAUCCUGGGAUACUUUGUGGACAAGUGUGAGGUUGGAACUGAAAACUGGACUCAAUGCAAUGAUCACCCCAUAAAGAUUUGUAAAUACCCAGUGUCUGGGCUGUUUGAGGCACACUCCUACUACUUCAGAGUCAGAGCAGUCAACUCGCAUGGCAUCAGCAAACCAUCCCGCAUGUCUGAUCCUAUCGCUGCACUGGACCCCACUGAGUUUGAGAGGCUCCAUGCCAAAAAACUUGGAGGAAAACUAGAUGUUGUGUCUUACCAUGAUGAAGUUGAAGCUGAGGGAAAGCCUCCAGGUGCUCCAUCAGGAAUAUCUGUCUCAGAAAUAGACAGGACAUAUGUUGUUCUGAGCUGGAAAGGUCCUGCUUAUUCCAGCAAGGCUCCCAUGUGGUACUACAUAGAAAAGUGCAUGGCAGAAGGUGGUGCGUGGCAGCGUGUUAACACCCAGGUUCCUAUUCGAUCUCCCCGUUACGCCGUCUUUGACCUAGCAGAGGGCAAACAAUACCAGUUCAGAGUUUUGUCUGCCAAUAUCUAUGGAAACAGUGAGCCAUCGGAGCCAUCUGCACUUAUUGAGACUCUGCAGCUCAAAGGUGUGCCAUCUGCUCCCGGUCAGGUGAUUUCUACCAGGGAAACAGACACCUCUGUCCUCAUCCAGUGGGCUGCUCCAAAGGAACCCAACAAUCUGAUUGGCUACUACAUUGACCAGUGUGUGAAGGGCUCCAAGGACUGGACCUCAGCCAAUCACAAACCUCAUAGACACACCAAGUUUGUGGUUAGCGGUCUGACCACAGGAGAAACCUACAUGUUCCGUGUCCAGGCGAUCAAUGAGCUUGGUCUGAGUGAUGAAUCCCAGGAGUCUGCACCUCUGACUGUUAAGGCUGCCCUCACCCCCCCCUCCGCUCCUUACGACAUUGCACUGCUUAACUGUGACGGUCAUUCAAUGGUUCUGAACUGGAAGAAGCCUCUUAACUCUGGAGGAGCAAAAAUCAAGGACUAUUAUGUGGACAAAAGACGCAGCGGAACAAGCAUGUGGAGGGAGAUUCACAUCCCACCAAUCUCUGACAGACUUUACAAGGUGGACGGCUUGACAGAGGGAGCAGUCUAUCAGUUCCAGGUGUAUGCAGCCAACUUGGCUGGCCUGGGACAUGCUGCCAAACACUCAGCUGACUUCACCUGUGAGGCCUGGACUAUGCCAGAACCUGGCCCUGCCUAUGACCUGUCUUUCAGUGAAGUGAGGGAUAAGUCAGUGGUGGUCGAGUGGCAGAAGCCUAUCUAUGUUGGUUCUGGACCAAUCACAGGUUAUCAUGUUGAGUAUGCUAAGACGGGCACUUCUGAGUGGACCACAGCCAACGAGAAAGCUGUCAGUCACCGCUUCCACAAGGUAACAGGUCUGGAGGCAGGAGCCAGCUACGUGUUCAGGGUGCGUGGGGUCAACGCUGCAGGAGUUGGCAUGGCUUCAGGGCAGUCUGACCCUGUGACUGCCAGGACUUUGGAAGGCUCCCAGGAAGUAUCCUGCGUUGUGGAUGAGAAAACAGGUGACAUUGUUCUGUCAUUCGAGUCCUGCCAACUCCACGAGGGCUCUCAGUUCAUCUGGAAGAAAGAUUACAAAGAAAUUACAGAUUUCUCCAAAGGAAUUGAGAUUAAGACUGAAGGCAGCCAUUCUAAAUUGAUCUUUAAGAGCGCAGAAAAAGAGGACUUUGGGACGUACUCUGUUUCUGUCACCCACACAGAGGGAGUGUCAUCCAGCUACACUAUCACUGCUGAAGAGUUGGCAAAGAUGCUGGCACUGAGCUAUGAUAUCAGACAUCCAAUCAUCCCGCUCAAAUCAGAGUUGGCCUAUAAGAUUUUGGAGAGAGGCAGGAUGAGGUUCUGGCUGCAGGCUGAAGAGAUUUCUUCCAAUGUCACCUACAAAUUCUUUGCCAACAACAAGGAACUGUCUGGAGCUGAUCCGAACAAGAUGGGUCAUGACGUCUCUACAGGUAUCAUUGAGUUCAUCAUGGACCAUUUCACUGCAGAAAAUGAGGGGACAUAUACCUGCCAGAUCACAGACGGAGGAGGCAAAGGACAGAGUUCAUUGGUUCUGAUUGGAGACGCUUUCAAGGCCGCGCUGGCUGAGGCUGACUUCCAGAGGAGAGAGUACAUCAGAGUCAAGGAGGGUCCCCACUUCAGUGAGUUUCUCUCACUUCAGGUCGGAGAUGACUGCUCUGUCACUUUGGUCUGCAAGGUUGCUAACUUGAAGAAGGAGUCAGUGUUCCACUGGUUUAAAGAAGACACUGAGAUCAUCCCUGAUGUGAAGCCUGACCUGGCAUCAGGAGUCUGUAAACUGCCAAUUAAACUGUUUUCACUGAAGACAGCAGGAAUUUAUAAGGCCACCAUCAGUGAUGACAGAGGAAAAGACAGGAGCCAAAUUGACAUCUCCGGAAAAGUCUUUGACGAAGCCAUAAACAAGAUCAGCCAACUGGCUGGUGCCAGUGCAGCAGAGCUGGUGAUUAACUGCACAGCAACAGGCAUUCAGCUGCAGUGUCACAUGAAGUAUUACACCUCAGAGAUGAACAUCACCUGGUAUCAUGGUGAGACUAAACUCUCCCACAGUGACAAGAUUGUGAUUGGAGGAACCCCUGCUAUGGCAACCAUGGAGGUGAUUGAGCCGGUGGACAAGGACAAAGGAUCUUACUCCAUCGUGAUCACCGACCCUGAAACCUCACACAAACGCACAAUGGACCUCAGCGGUGAAGUAUAUGAAAAGGCCUACGCGGAGUUCCAGAAACUCAAGGCUGAGGCCUAUGCUGACAAGAACCGUGGUAAGGUGAUUGGAGGACUGCCGGAUGUGGUCACCAUUAUGGAAAAGAAGACCCUGAGUUUAACAUGUACAGUGUGUGGGGACCCCAAGCCUCAGGUUUCAUGGUUGAAGAACGGAGCUGAUGUGGAACCUGACGAUCAGUACGUGGUCUCCCUGGACCAGGGCAAGUUUGCCAGUCUGACGAUCAAAGGUGUUACCAUGGAGGAUUCUGGCAGAUAUAGCAUGAUUGUCCAGAACAAAUACGGAGGGGAGUCUGUGGAUAUAGUGGUCAGUGUGUACCGUCACGGAGAGAAAAUCCCAGAGGCAAAGCCAACUCUGACCCCUAAAACAAUCAUCCCUCCCAAGCUCCCCAUUGAGAUGCCUCAGCCCAAGGCCCAGCCAGCUCCUAGCCCUGCCCCCUCUGCUAGCCCCGCCCCUCCUAAGGCAGCCGGAAAAGGAGUGAAGAGUCCCACUCCUACCAGGAGGAAGUAGAAAGCAUGACAAUCAAAAAUGAAGAAACAUAUUCACACACUGGUGCACAUGUAAACCACACAAGCUUUCAUUGGCAUUCUCUGUUUGGACUAAUAUUAAAAGCCUUAAAUGAAAUGGAGCUAACACACUUGGCGUUAAAUUAGAGAGUCAAGAAAACACAGAGCUAAAGUAAUAUUACUGUUAAAGCAAAAAAAAAGAAAAAAAGAGUACUACUGUGAUAUCAAUGUAUGAAUACAAAACAACUGUAAUGGAUAAAGAAUAAAAGUAGUUCAUAUCUGAACAUGACUUAAUUAGAAAUGACUGAUUUAAUUGAAAUGAACUGAAAAGAAACUUGAAUAAAGCUGAAAUUUCAUUAAAACUACUGCUGGAAAAAGACUGAAAUGUGUUUUAGAUUGAUCCUGGAAUGUAAGAGAAGCAGAGCAAUUAAACACGUUUUACCAACAGCCCCGUGUACAGAUGAAAACAACAAAUCUAAUGUAUCUAAAAUAAGACAAUUUUAUAUAUGUAGUAUAAUCAAACAGACAUGUAAUAGAAUAUAAUAUAUGUCAUCACCAUGGAGACAUGGUGCCCCUCAAAGCAACAAUCACUGUCUCAAAACAUGUUACAACACAAAAUAUGAUAUAAAAAACAUGAUACUUUAGGAACAAUCGCUUUGAUAUGCUCAUUAGUAUCCUGCUGUAAAGACAUUUUUCACUGAUGGUGUGCCCCACAUUGUGCCUAAUGAAUUGAAAUUGGCAGACUUUCUUAAUUUCCCUGACACACUGUGACCACCACCUUUUGAAGAUGAGGCCAAGCCAAGAUGUGGCCCUGUGGAGAGAGGUGGGCCCCCUCUGCCUACAGAGAGGGGCGGCUCCGCAUGUGGUCAAUGGUUUGGCUCGGCAUCAUGGUUGUGAGAUGUGUUUUAUACAUGAAAGAUUUCGUUUACAUGUUUCAGAAAAUCAUUCUCAUGUUAUGCUCUCUGCAGGAUGUAGUUACACGAAACAACAGUAUUAGUAUCACUAACAUCAAACAAAAUGAAUGUUCACGCCAUCUAGUUUUUACCCUCCUUACAACUACUGUUGGUAACAUUCAUAAAAAUAACUUUUGUCAUAUUUGCUGAAACUGUCAGUAUUCCAGACACCUGCAGGAGAUCUGUGAAAAAAAUCUUCUGCCUCCUGUUUUUGCGUCUAAUGGCAUUACUGCACCAGAACAAAACCAAUUGGAGCUGAGGAGUCUUUAACGCAGCUGUCAAUCAUGUCAAUCACUGCUCAUGAACUGACAACAUCAAGCUGUCAAAACUAGGGAGUGGUAAUUAAAUAAGAAUCAAGAUUCUGUUACUGCAUUGCCUAAUCCUCACCUCAAAUGUUUUCAGAAACAUGUUUUAGUGUACUAUUUAGCUGUAAAAUGAGAAAACUGGGCCAGCCGGUGGGCAGUGUUUGGUGCAUCGCUCUACUAUUUCCAGCAUGGCAGCUUGGUCACAAAUGUUCUCAUUUUAAUAAAUAUAAUAAUACAUUUAGGAAUACAUUUUAUUUAUAGCUGCCUUUUAUGACACCCAAGGUCACCUUACAGGCAAGGCUCGAGAAAAUAACAGCAGAUUAAAAAGUCAGGAUAUGGAUGAUAAGAUAAUAACAUAACAAAACAAGUGAAGAAAAUUCUGUGUAAAUGAUGGAUGUGUGUGGCUAGAGGGAGUCAUACUGACAAGGUUAUAUGAAAGAGAUGAGUUUUGAGGUGGGAUUUGAAAGUGGAGAGAGACACGAUGUUGAUGCUCUAGACCCCAUGGUGGUCACAGCUAAACAGUACACUAAAAUAUGUUUCUGAAAACAUUUGAGGUGAGAAACAGGCAGUGCAAUAACAGAAUCUUGAUUCACAUUUGAUCAGCGCUGCCUAGUUUGACAGUUUAACUGCAGUUCACGAGCAGUGAUUGACAUGAUUGACAGCUACAUUAGCAGUUCAUCGGCUCUAAUUGGUUGUCAGUGCUCUGUGGUAGCCAUUACAGGCAGGAAGAGGGACAUGAUUUUUUUUCACACACUAUCUGUCUCAUUUUGUGAAUUUAGUGACAGUUUCAGCAAAUAUGACAAAACGUCAAUGACACAAAAGUUACAAACUGUAGCUUUAAAGAAUAAUGGAAAGUUUCACAAAGACUGUUAACACAGGUACAGAGAGAAAUAGGUCGGGCUGUACAAAGCCAUCAUUAUGCUCCCACCUCUGUCAACUGAUGGCUGCAAAUAUACAACACCGUCCUCCUUAACAUCACCAUGGUGAGAUAUUGAACAUGCCGAGGAUCAGCUGGCAGUGAAUCACCACUUAGUAAACCCGAGCCGUGGAGCAGGACUGUCACACCAACACUGCCACCACUGAAAACUGUCAUAACCGAUUUCUGCUUAAUAUCGACUCUGACUGUAAACACCAAGAAAUAUUUGGGGAAAAUCUACAUGUAUUCUACCUUACAGCUAAAUAUCAAUUAUGUACAGUCCUCCUGGUCAGCAGCCAAGAGCAGAAAGAGCCCACGCUGCUAUAAGUAGUCAGGUUUAAAGUGCAGGAAGUAGUGAUGGCAGAGCUGAUGAAAAGAUGGCUGAUGAGAUUUGUGGUUCAUUAAAGCUGAUGAGAGGAGAAGAGCAGACGGAGUGGAGAAAGGGAGGGAGGAGGGUAACUUCAUUGUUUCUGUGUUUGCUGUUGCUAAUAAAAGAAAGAGAUUA